AUGACUUUAUUUAUUACCCUCUUCAUUGUUUUUGUUGUUGCUAAAGAGCCACAAGUAGCUCCUGUUAUUGGAUUUUCCAAUAGUUUUACAUUUUCACAUACUGGAGCAAAUAAAACAUUAGAUUUAAAAACAUUAAAUUUAGAUAUUCAAAAAAGUAUUGAAAGUAAUGUUGAUCACGUUGUACUCUUCAUAGAUUAUAAUAUUAACACAUUUGAUUUUGAAGAAUUUACUAAAUAUAAUGGUUAUACUACACUUAGAAAUUAUACUUUAAAUUCUCUUUCUUCAUUUGAAGCUGAAACUACUAAAAUUUCUUUUGUUGAUGUUUUAAGUAAUUUAGAAUUAACUAUUACAAAUAAUAAAAUUCAUAAUAGAAACGUUUAUCUUUAUACUGACUCUGCUACUUUAACUGAUACUUCAUUAUUUAAUUUUGCUCAAAAUUAUGCUACAGUUAAAAUACUUAAUCAAGAUGAUUUUACUUCUAUUAGUAAAUCUGCUCUUGUUGUUAUUGCAUUUAGAAAUGUUGGCUCAUUUGAUCGUUUAAAAUUAAAUGAUCAAAUUAUUAAAAAUUAUUUUAAUCAAACUUCUCAAUAUACUAAUGUCGCUUUCUAUGGCUCUCUUCACUUAGUUGAAAAAGAUACUAUCACUUCAGCUACUUGGUAUAAUACAGCUACUCUUUCUAUUCUUUUUGUUGUAUUCAUUCUUUUAGUUCUUCUUUGGUUUGUGAUGCACUUCAUGUUAGCUGUUCAAAGUAUUGGUCCAGCUGUAUUUGCUAAACCAAAGACUGAUUAA